AUGUUAGUCACGCUCGCCCUCUACCACCGUGACACCCUCUCGCGAGGCAACUCUCGUCGCAUCUUUGGAUACGAGGCCUACCACUGGGGUCUCCUGCUCAUGUCCUCCUCCUCCUCCUCCUCCUCCACAACCGCCGCCACCCCCCCAGACUCCCCCCUCUACUCCUUUGACGCGACCGACGCCUCUGACAUCGACCCCGUCACCUUUCGCCUGCGCAACCCGUCCAUGGACUGGUGGCUGCGCGCCGAGGCGCCCCCAGCCCCCAACCCCAAGCUCAUCGGCCAGCUCGUCGUAGGGACUAUUGCGGCUGAUGCCUUACCCAACGACACCGCUGCCGAGGACAACGAGUUCCAGCGGCUCAGGGCCUUCUUCCAGACGGUCCCGCUGCCCGUCAAGAACACACACCCGCAGCAGAGCUGCGUGACGUGGGCGGUCGCGGCGCUCGCUGAGAUGCAGACCCGCGGGUGGGUGCGCCCGGAUGUCGACCUCCCAGCCUUCCAGGACGCCGCGCUGGCCUACGCCGAUGCGAGGAUGGGCGAAAACGCCACGGAGCCACCCGUCAAGGAGUAUUUCGCAUAA